AUGUUUUGGGUUUUAUUGCUCCUACAAGUAUGGAUGGUGGACAGCUUCUUCCAUGAAUCAUCAAUGAAGACUAUUAAAGCACCUAAAUCAGUAGCGAAUAAUGGAUUAUUUGGUUAUAGUAUUUCGUACGAGACAUCAAAGAAACGACUAAUAGCUGGUGCACCAAAAGGACAUGAUAUAGGGCAGGUAUACGCAAUUGAAAUUGGAUCGGAAAGGAAUGUGUCUCAAAAAAUUGCGUUUAAAGAAUUGGACACCAACCACUAUCACAGAAACAAAAGAAGAGCACAAAGCUGGUGGCUCGGCACCUCUGUCGCUGCAUCAGAUGAUUUCUUCGUCACUUGUGCUCCACGUUACACUCAAGAUGAACCUAUAAACAGAAGCAACAAAAAUGAUAAAAAGUUUGUUAAUUAUGGUGUUUGUGGCAUAGAAGGUAAUAAUUCUUCUUUAAAAUUAUUAAUGCCAAUGGGGAAUGAAGACAGACAGCGCAAUGCAACUGCCAUAGUAGAGAAUGCAAUGGACAACUUUGGGUGGAGUAUAAAAAUUAAGGAACCUGAAGAUAUCGUGCUAAUAGGAGGACCAUCUCAAAUUACAGGACGAGUCAUAGUUUAUGAACAAGCGAAAAAAAACCCGAAUAAAUAUCCCAUUUUAAUUAAUAAGUAUAUCCUGCCAAAUGACCCAGUACGAUUUAAUUUUGGUUACAGUAUAACUUAUGGUAAUUUUUUUGGUGAUAAAUCGGUGGAAUACGCUGUAAGCACCACUUAUGGCGAUGUGGGAUUUGCAAAGGUUUACUUUUUUAACUCAAAAUAUGCCCACAUAAACACCUUAAUACACGAAGAAAUUGGUACUUUAUUUGGAGGUUGCCUAUGCGCUGUUCGGUUGUCGGCUGAUUAUGAUUCUCUGUUAAUUGGUGCUCCGUUGUAUGCGAGAUCGGCCUAUGAAAGUGACACUGGCGCUGUAUAUGUAUUUAAACCGAAUUCUGACACUUCUCCUACAAUGCUUACCUUUAAGAAGAUUAUAAAAGCCAAAACUCCCGGUGGGCGUUUUGGUUUAACGAUUGUUAAUAUUGGUGAUAUGGACGGGGACGGCAAAGAUGAAGUUGCAAUAGCAGCACCAUAUGAGGACGACGGGGCUGUGUACAUUUACACCGGCAAAGCUUUAGACAGCGAACCCGGAAAAUACAUGAUGAAAAUUAAGCCAGAAGGUUUCCAGACUUUUGGGCUGAGUCUAGCCACAUUAUGGGAUUAUGAUGAUAAUGGGAGCAAUGGUCUAGCCAUUGGUGCACCAGAGAGUGAUAAGAUAUUAGUAUUAAGAUCCUUUGCAUCAGUUACUGUAAAUCUAAGAACGGAGUUCCCUCUUUUACAGUUUAAAAGUAACAAGAUCGAUGAGAAUAUAACGUUUAAAGUGAUUUUAUCAGUUAUUUAUCCAAAAAAGGCGAAAAAUGUUACAGGUGAUCUUAAAGUGACAGCCGAAUUAACGGAUGGGAAAUCGAAAUUUGUGAAUAAUCCGGAAAAGGGAAUAUAUACAUAUACUCACUCGUUAAAUGACAAAUUGUCGUCAUAUAAUCACAGUAUUCCCGUGAAAGUCGUUAUUCCGAGAAAAGAUGUUUUCCAAGUGAUAUCAUAUAGAAUAACGGUGGAAUUAAUGGAAAAUCCAAUGACAAUUCCAUUCGAUCCAAGCCGUGUCCUAUUGAGUGAGAGCAGCAGGUUAUUUGAGCAAGACACAAAGACUAGUUCCCGUUGUACCGGGGCGAGAUGCAUGCCUAAUCUCAAACCUACUUUGACGACAUCAUUAAUGGACAAAUAUAUAAUAGGUUCAACGGAAAGAGAAUAUUUUAAUAUAUCUAUAUACAACUCUGGUGACAAUGCGUACGCCCCUUGUAUGAAGGUGGAAGUGCGUGGAGUUCGAAUUUUGAAGGCAUCAAAAGACUGUGUUCUGGGUUUAUAUGAGGAAUUUAUUUGUAGUCCUACCAUUUCCGUUUUGAAGGGAAAUACUUGGAAUAUUAACUAUAUGGAAAUGGAAAUGAAUACUUUAAAAAGUGAGGAUGACAGCAUAUUAAUUAAAUACGACCUAUAUUCUCAUUGUGAUGACACUACAGAUAAAAAGACAUUUAAUAAUUCUAUAAAAUUGUAUCCUGAAUCAAAUUUUGAGAUAAAAGGACAAUCAAAUCCCAGUGAUAUUAUAAAUACUACGAUAAACGAACUCAAAGAUUUUCAGAAACAAAUUAAACAUGUUUAUACGAUAACCAACGAUGGUGUUACCAACUGGGUGGACUUGGAGUUUAAAAUUCUUUUUAAUAAUUCGGAACAUAUCAAUGUCUUCAAUAGUUCAGCUUUGGUGUAUCCGGAAUCAGGUGCAAUACAAUGUGCAAUGGACAAUUAUUCUGGUGUUAUUUUUGUCUGCAAUUUCCCCUUAAAUCGUAAACAAAAAGCACAAAUACAUAUUUCUAUAGAGUUACUAAAGGAUUCAUUCGACGCGAAAGAUGAAGACACUACAACUGAGAUUGUAACUGAGCUGUACUUAGUAACGAAGGAUGAGAGGUUCGACACAUUUUUGAGUUUAAGUACAAGUCUUCAUAUAAGUUCAACUCGUGUAGCGCUAUGGAUAAUAAUACUAUCAUCAUUACUUGGUCUUCUCCUACUCAUAAUAAUAGCAUUUAUUAUGUAUAAGAUAACUAAUUUUGAACCUCAAACAAACAAUAUCACGUUUGAAAAUGAUUUAAAGUAA